GCAGAUCUGAAAAUCAGGCAACCGAAAGAUCCUGGCGACUGAGUCAGGCUCCCAAUUCUUCUCCUCGCCAGUGCCUGCUCCUCACGGCCGACAAACGUAUUUUGGUAGGCCACAGCCAAUCGUUCACGUGUGGCCUGCGAUCACGUUCUCCUAACUUCGCAAGGGCGCGACCACCUAAGACGGCCGCCCUUCCACAGUCCCCUCAGAGUCUGGCGCUUCAGCUUUCGCAGACCAAAAAAUAAAUUUCGGCAUCAUACAUUUAAGCCUGUAGCUAUCAACACAUUCACUGCUUCGCUUUUCCUUGGUCAAUCAAUCGUGGGCUUCUUACAGCACAAGCACAAUGAAGCUUCAUACUAACACUGUUCUGCUUGGUGCACUGUUAGCACCGCAGGUGUCUGCCUGGGGAAGUCUUGGACAUAUUGCGACAGCCUUUGUCGCUAGCAAUUUCGUGUCCAACACUACCGAGGCCUACUUCAAGGAGCUUUUGAGAAACAACAAUGAUGACUACCUCGCCAACGUCGCGAGCUGGGCUGACUCUAUUCGCUAUACCAAAUGGGGGCGUUUCUCCAAAAACUUUCACUUUAUCGACGCGCAUGAUGCGCCCCCUCAUGAUUGCAACGUAAACUACCAGCGCGAUUGCAAGGAGGACGGCUGCGUCGUGUCGGCCCUCGCAAACUACACAACACAUGCUGUAGAUGGUUCACUGCCUGCCUGGGAGAGAGCACAGGCUGCCAAGUUUGUCAUUCACUUCGUCGGUGAUCUGCAUCAACCACUUCACAACGAAGACGUAUCUCGUGGUGGAAACGGCAUCUACGUGCUCUGGGACGGUCGCGAGUACAACUUGCAUCAUGUUUGGGACAGCUCCAUCGCUGAGAAGUCGCUCGGUGGUUUGCGCGGCAAGCCCUACAACUUGGCUAAGACCUGGGCAGGUAAUCUAAUUGAUGAGAUUGAGAGUGGAAAGUAUGCGGCUGAGAAGGAAAGCUGGCUGAAGGACCUAAACUUUGCCGAUGCGAACGGCACCGCAAUGGCCUGGGCGCAAGAGACAAAUCGCUUUGUUUGCAGUCACGUCUUCCCCGAAGGCCCUAAGGCAAUUGUUGGCAAGGAACUCGGUGGCGAGUACUAUGAAAAUGCAGCACCCGUAAUUCAAAGGCAAGUUGCUAGAGCUGGCUAUAGAAUGGCAGCUUGGUUGGACAACAUUGCCGACAAGUUCUUGUCCAAAAACCCUGGCAAGGCCAGCCAGUACACGGAUGAGGACUGGGAUAAGCUGCUGGCGGAGGAGGAGUUGUAAGGUGCCGCACAGUCGGCAGUACCAGCACUGUAGUGUCGAGUCCUAUCUUUGGCAUAGUUUGUUUGCACCGUUUUUAGAAUAGCGUAGCAGGUAUUAAUACAGCAAUAGAGAAACAUCACCGAUCAGAAAACGGAUUGAUUCCAAACGCCCCGUGUCGGUAGCUGACCAACCCCAAGUAGCUUAGCUGAAGUGCGUGGUAU